AUGGAUCCGAGUAUCCAACGUGCCUUGAAUGACAAGCUUUAUGAUAAGCGGAAGGGGGGCGCUUUAGACCUCGAGCGCGUCAUUCGAGAUCUGGUUGCAAACAAAGAUUUUGAUAGGAUCAAGAAAAUAAUCCAGCAGCUCUGCAACGAUUACGCUUAUGCCGUGCAUCAGCCCCAUGCUAGAAAUGGAGGCCUUAUCGGUCUUGCAGCCGCCGCUAUUGCAUUAGGACCAGAUUUGGCACGUUAUUUGGAUGAGAUCGUGCCCCCAGUGCUUGCUUGCUUUACUGAUCAGGACGCUCGCGUCCGCUACUACGCAUGCGAGAGCAUGUAUAAUAUUUCCAAGCUCGGUGCAGACUCUGAACUCUCCGUCAAAAAUGGAGCGGAGCUUUUGGAUCGUUUGAUAAAAGAUAUAGUUUCUGAGUCUGCAGCUACAUACGUCUCAGUGCUACAUACUCCGGAUGAUACAUCUGAAGAGUUUGUUGAACCUCCAACGGCAUUCUCUCUUGCUCGAUUUAUUCCCCUUCUCAAAGAGCGCAUAUACGUGAUCAAUCCGUUCACUCGUACCUUCUUAGUAGGGUGGAUUACACUACUAGACUCCAUUCCUGAUUUGGAACUUGUGUCCUAUUUACCUGAGUUUCUGGGUGGCCUCUUCAAGUUCCUUAGUGAUCCAAACCGGGAUGUUCACGUUGCUACACAAGGAGCUCUAGAGAGGUUUCUGAAUGAGAUCAAGCGCAUCUCACGUAUCAAGAAAGGCAUCGAAGAAAGCCGGAAAUCGCGGAGUGAAGGUAAACGGAAGCGAUCUGGCUCUAUGGACAGCGAGGGUUCUACGGUCCCUGCACAAGGCGAAGAUGACGAUUCAGUAGCUACUCCUGACGACAAGGAUGUUAGUAGUGAUGACGAUUGGGUCCCGGGUCAAGAUGUGCAGGUAAAUCACAAAGAGAUCCUUGAGAUAUUGACAGCAAAUCUCGACUCACCGCUUGAAGAGGAUACACUGUUAGAGUCAUUGAGAUGGAUAGUCGAGUUUCUCGACAUUUGUCCAGAAGAGGUGCUACCCUUUGCACCCAAGAUCUUAGCCCAUCUUCUCCCUGCUAUGGCCAGCGGUGUAGAAACCAUCCGUCAAGCAGCUGCGCGAGUAAACACAUCACUGAUGGACUACGUGGUAUCCCUUUCUGAUGAUGGUGCUCCUUCGGAAGCUCCUGUUGCCGCUUCAUCAAGAACUCCUACCUCGGUCACAAAGGAAAAUUCAAACGAGCGUAGAGAUUCUUCUACCACCGCUCGUGCUUCUACCUCAGGAUCUCGAGAAUUGGAGGCCGAGGCCCCCGUCCCAGCUCCACCACACAGCAAAGCCCCGACACCAACAUCACCCCCUCAGCCUCAGGUCGACCUUGACUACGCUGCUGCAGUUAACUCUUUGACCCUAUUAUUCUUAAACGACCACGAAGCUACUAGAGUUGCUGCCCUGACUUGGUUACUUAUGUUGCACAGAAAGGCUCCCAGAAAAGUGCUCGCAUUCAACGAUGGUACCUUUCCGGCUCUCCUCAAAACACUUUCGGAUCCUGCGGAAGCGGUUGUCACAAGAGACUUGCAACUCCUCUCUCAGAUAUCAAGGAAUAGCGGAGAUGAUUACUUCACGUCCUUCAUGGAAAACCUCCUCCAGUUAUUCUCUACGGACAGAAAGCUUUUGAAGAUGCGAGGAAACUUAAUUAUUCGGCAGCUUUGUGUCAGCCUCAGCGCCGAACGCAUUUAUCGCACACUUGCAGACUGCAUCGAGAAAGAAGAGGAUCUCGAAUUUGCCAGCAUCAUGGUACAAAAUCUUAACAAUAAUCUCAUUACAGCACCAGAGCUAGCUGAGCUGCGCAAAAGACUCCGCAAUCUUGAGACUAAGGAUGGCCAAACUUUCUUCGUCUCGCUCUUUAGGUCCUGGUGCUACAACGCCGUCGCUACUUUCUCUUUGUGUCUCUUGGCCCAAGCAUACGAACAAGCAUAUAACCUUCUCCAGAUAUUUGCUGAACUCGAGAUGACGGUCAAUAUGCUUAUUCAGAUCGAUAAACUAGUUCAAUUGCUAGAAUCUCCCGUUUUUACUUAUCUUCGACUCCAGUUGUUAGAACCAGAGAAAUACCCACAUCUCUACAAAUGCUUAUAUGGGCUUCUGAUGCUUCUUCCCCAGUCGUCUGCAUUUGCAGCGCUAAAGAACAGACUGAAUAGUGUGAGCGCUAUAGGCUACCUGCAUAUCGCACCUCGAGCCGCACCAUCCAAUGCCGGCCCUUCGAACUUCGACCGAUCGAGUAGAUUAAAGGGGAGAGACGAGGGAGGUAUCCGUUGGAAUGAACUACUAGAGAAGUUCAGGAGUGUUCAGGAAAGAGCGCGGAGAUCGCAGCAACCAGGGGGGAACUUCGAUGAUGGCCUUGAUGGACGUGCUGGAGAAUCCUUGGAUUCAAGGGCCUUCAAAGAUUUGGCGCAUUUACCAGGACCCCCAUUGCCGGUGAAAGAUACGCCUGCGGCACCAGCAGCACAAGCACAUAAAUCGAAGAAUAGUCUUGGGAAGUUCGGACGAUUGGGUGGCGUGUCAGGUGGUCGGCCCAAGAGAUGA